AUGUUAUAAAAAAUAUUUAAUAAAAAAACAGAUGAAGACAAUAAUGAUUAUUCUUGUAAAUAAAAAGUUUCUUUACCAGAAAAUUUUGCAGAUCGUGUAUUUAAUUUAGAAUUAGAAUUAGAAACAUUAGAUAUUGAUAUAAAAAAUGUAGUUGAAUUAUUAGAAUUAUAUUCAAAAGCAAUAGAAUAUUAUGAAAAUAUGAAAGAUGAGAAAUUUAUUAUUUUUAAAAAUAAAAUUACAUCUUUAUUAAUGAAACAAAAUGUAAAUAUGGCAAUGGAUAAUGCAUAAGAAUAACAUUAAUAAGAAGUAAAAUAUUAAUAUAUAAAUAUAAAAUAAAUAAAAUAAUAUUAAAAGCUUAUGUUGGAUAAUUAUGAUGAAAAAAAUUCAAAAUUCUAAAGAUUAAAAGAAAUACAAAAUAAACUAAAAUAUAUAUAUUAAUAAGAUAAUUGGUAAUCUGUUAGAGUUUUGCUAAACAAUCAUGAUUAAGAAAUGAAAUAUCAUAUGAAAUUAAUAUUAAAAGAGUGCGAAAGUUAAACAGAUAUAAUUAAUAGGCGUCUUUAAAUAAGAAAAAAGAAAAAUAAAAUGAAAAGUUAUUAAGAUUUAGAUAAAUAAUUAGAUAUAAGUAUAAAUAAUUCUUU